AGCGCGCACUCCGGGGCGGCUUUUCCAGAGCGCCGGCCGGGUCCAACGCGCACGGGGAGCCCGCAGCACACCGCAAGCUGAGUGCAGGACGCGCCCCCAGCACAGCCACCCCCCGGCCACUGAAUGAGGCUUCCCGGCGUCCACUCGCUGCCCGCAGCGCCGCGCCGGAGGUCCGCCCGCUGAGGCGCGGCGGGUGCGCCCGCAGCCAGUGCGCUCACCUGCCAGCCUGCGCGCCAUGGGGCAGCCCGGGAACCGCAGCGUCUUCUUGCUGGUGCCCAACGGAAGCCACGCGCCGGACCAAGAUGGCACGCAGGAACGGAACGAGGCGUGGGUGGUGGGCAUGGGCAUCGUCAUGUCGCUCAUCGUCCUGGCCAUCGUGUUUGGAAAUGUGCUGGUCAUCACAGCCAUCGCCAGGUUCGAGCGUCUGCAGACGGUCACCAACUACUUCAUCACCUCCCUGGCCUGCGCUGACCUGGUCAUGGGCCUGGCGGUGGUGCCCUUUGGGGCCAGCCACAUCCUCAUGAAAAUGUGGACCUUUGGCAACUUCUGGUGUGAGUUUUGGACUUCCAUUGACGUGCUGUGUGUCACGGCCAGCAUCGAGACCCUGUGCGUGAUCGCAGUGGAUCGCUACUUUGCUAUCACAUCACCCUUCAAGUACCAGAGCCUACUGACCAAGAAUAAGGCCCGGGUGGUCAUUUUGAUGGUGUGGGUCGUGUCAGGCCUUACCUCCUUCUUGCCCAUCCAGAUGCACUGGUACCGGGCCACCCACCAGGAAGCCAUCAACUGCUACGCCAAGGAGACCUGCUGUGACUUCUUCACGAACCAAGCUUAUGCCAUUGCCUCCUCCAUCGUGUCCUUCUACUUUCCCCUGGUGGUCAUGGUCUUCGUCUACUCCAGGGUCUUCCAGGUGGCCCAAAGGCAGCUCCAGAAGAUAGACAAAUCUGAGGGCCGCUUCCAUGCCCAAAACCUCAGCCAAGUGGAGCACGAUGGGCGGAGCGGGCAUGGACAUCGCAGGGCCUCCAAGUUCUGCCUGAAGGAACACAAAGCCCUCAAAACUCUGGGCAUCAUCAUGGGCACUUUCACCCUAUGCUGGCUGCCCUUCUUCAUCGUCAACAUAGUGCACGUGAUCCAGGAUAACCUCAUCCCCAAGGAAGUUUACAUCCUUCUAAACUGGGUGGGCUAUGUCAACUCUGCUUUCAAUCCCCUUAUCUAUUGCCGGAGCCCAGACUUCAGGAUUGCCUUCCAGGAGCUUCUGUGCCUGCGCAGGUCUUCUCUGAAGGCCUGUGGGAAUGGCUACUCCAACAACAGUAACAGCAGAACCGACUAUGCUGGGGAGCACAGUGGAUGUCACCUGGGGCAGGAGAAAGACAGCGAACUGCUGUGUGAGGACCCCCCAGGCACGGAAGACCUUGUGAACCGUCAAGAUGCUGAGAACCACGGCCUCCAGACCCUGUCAGAUCUUUUUCGAGAAGCGAUGGGGCAAAGAGGACUGCAUUUUCUAAAUACCCUGCCUGGGGCUCUCUUCAGUGAAAUCUCCUGCCAUCCUCCUUUCUAACUGUCUUCUAAUUGGCUAAAGAAGUACCUUGAGGUCAUUUGGUGGGGUGGGAGCGGGAUGGGCUUCUCUGGGACCUGACGGAGCCUGGGAACUUGGCAGGGCACGGCCUGGGGCUGGCUCCCUCGACAUUCCGACAUCCCGGUGGAGGAGGAGUCUCAGAGGUGCUGGAAUGACAGACCCUGAGGAAAGAAGGGCUUUGCUUAAAGUGACUUCGUAAACAUUUGGCAAACUCCCCCAACGCAGAAUCCCUCGGAGCACAGCACAAGCAGAUCCUCACUUUUUCUGGGGAAGACUCAGAAACUCAGCUCUGCAGGAUGGUUGCAAGGAGAAGGGCAAGAAUUAUAAAUGCUCUCCCUCCAGCAACUGCGUUGCCUAGCGGAGCUCCCUGCUAUUUCUCCACCUGCUUGUUUUGCAGCUUGCUGAAUCUCCAUAUGUCUGACCUGGAUUCUUACGUGGCUUGGAUGGUCUCUGGCUAUCACACCACGGGAAAAGACCCACGGCUUUCUCGGGUCCUGGAAGUGAUGGUGGGUUCUUCAUAAUUGGGAACACACCAGUUCUAAAUGCAUGGUUAGCCUUGAUCCUCACUGAACAAGGGGGCUUCGCUAGAGGAGGGCGAGUGGACAUGCAAUACACAAGGAAUGAAUGACUGACAUGAAUUACAACUACUGCUCAGUGCAGUUCGGUGUGCUACAGGCAAGGAUGGACAUGGCAAUCAAGGCAAACUUCACAGUAGAAGUGAUAUUUGAACAAAGCCUUGGGUCAGGUAUAAUUUUAACAGUGAGUUGUCCAUGCAAUAUGGUUUAACACAGGGGCUCUUGAGUCUGGGGUCUGAUUGGGUUUGAAUUCUGACACUCCCGUGUGCUUGGUGUGCCCUUGUGCAAAUGUCCUAACCCCUCUAAGCCUCAGUGUCCUCACCAACAAAAUAAGGAUCAGGACGGUGCAUGAGCCUCAGAUGAGAAAACCACACAGCACACCUCGCACGGAGCCUGCGCACAUGUUCCCUGGUAAUCCUCAUCAGCACCA